AUACAAAGAUAUUUGUCACUUAUAAAUGAGUAACCAUACACUACAAGGAUUUCGGAUAAACAUUUCACUUAUUCUUCAUACGACCAAAUGAUGGAAUAACCGUCGCACUGGAUUGAUGCCUGGGAAGAAACAAUAAGAAAGGUCGUACAUUGUGUGGGCCGGGGAAUAAAAGGCGCCUAAUUUCAAGUCCAGCAAACGAGUCACUUUCCAAGACCCGUGGCGGCUCAUUACUGGGGUGUGAACGGUGUAUGUGGCCAUUGACGGACCUACGAUACUGACUUGGUAUGCGAUGGUGACGACGUUAAUUUCGCCAUACUUGCUGGUAACACUACUCAUCCUGAAAGCUGACCCAGGAUGUGCCAUGGUGGCGAAGGAGGCGCGGGCGGCGUCGGCGAGCGAGCGCCCGCCGGACCCCGAGCAGCACCCGUCGUGGCGCCUGCUGGAGCACGCCCGCUGCGGCCUCAGCGCCGCCGACCGCAUCAUCGGCGGCAAGAACGCCGCGCUCGGCGCCUACCCGUGGAUCGCUCGCGUCGGAUACGUCAGUACGCCCUCCCCGCUCGCCAGCAAAUACCAGGCCCCCGGGACUCGCAGGAAGGCGGUGUUCCGGUGCGGGGCGGCGCUCAUCAGCAGCUACUACGUCGUGUCGGCGGCGCACUGCGUCACCAACCUGCCGGGAGGGCUCGAGGUGGGCCUGAUCCGGCUGGGGGAACACAACACGCGCACCGACCCCGACUGCGAGGACGGCGUGUGCGCCGAACCCGUGCAGGACUUCCGGCCGUCCGAGGUGCUCAUGCACGCCGAGUACGACCAGUCACCCUUCAAGAACGACAUCUCCCUCAUACGCCUGGACAGGGCCGUCAGGUUCCACGAUUUUGUGAUGCCGAUAUGUAUGAUCCAUGGAAAACUGUUAACAAAGAACUACGUGGGAGAACCAACAGAAGUCGCUGGAUGGGGAGUUUUCGAUAUCGAGGACCCGCGGCCGAGCCCCAUCCUGCAGACGAUCACGCUGCGCGUUGUGUCGAACGCGGAGUGCGCGCCGCGCUUCGAGAUGUACGCGGAGGUGGGGCCGACGCAGAUGUGCGUGGGCGGCGUCGUGGGGCAGGACUCGUGCGGCGGCGACAGCGGCGGCCCGCUGAUGAAGGUCGAGGCGCUGGACGGCCCGCCGCGCUACUACCUGCUCGGCGUCGUCUCGUUCGGCUCCAAGCGCUGCGGCGCCUCCACCAUGCCCGGCGUCUACACGCGCAUGGCCGACUACGUCCACUGGGUGCUGGACAACAUGCACGAGUGAACGACUGUCCCCGCCGCUCCUCUCCUGGGACCUUUCUUCCUUCCACCAGCAGCGUCCCUUCUACCAGUCUACAAGGUCUCAUUCACCUUUACGCUCUCCUCAGUUUAAUUGUUCUCGCCGAGACUUCUUCCAGUCCGUAUUCUCUCAUCAGAUAUUGUACUGUAUCAAAACUCCAGUUGUAAUUAGUGAAACAUUAUUAUUAACAUACACCUGUAACAUAAAUUUACACAGCAGCAAAGAAAUUUUAAACCUUAUUUUCCUUACCUAUUUCCUUGAGACAACAGUGAUCUUCCAACAAGUACUCUUUUCACCAUCAGUUUUCUUUAAGUAAAUACCCGUAAAGUUGGUUACAUUGGAUUCGAUUGUCCAAUCCAAAUGUUGCUAACCUGGUAGCAGUCACCACAUUUGGAGUAAAAUGAAAUUUUCUGAGCAAUAAGACCCAAAUAGAUGAACUCUGUUUGGUUCAGGAAACUAAAUUUCUCUUAAAAGAUAAUUGUGACUACCACUAUUUCGUAAAUCUGUAACGCCAAUUGCAUAAGUUAUCAAUAAUUACCUUUUUUCAAAUACUGUGCCACAAUGUGGUGGAGUUUACAAACGAAUGUAUGAAUAAUGUCUUCCUUCUUUUUCACAUAGUACACUCAGUGCACACAUACUUUAUUCUUUGUACUAAGCACCUAUGGCAGUAAAACUGGAACAUUCUGGAACGCCUCUGUUAGAUUCGUUUCAUAUUAUUUAAGAUGUAUUUCGUGCUGUGCACGCUAACACAUGUGUGAUUUGGUUUUUUACUUCCUGUUUAUCUCCAUUCAGUUGCAUAGAGCUACAUUACAGUAUCGAUUUUUACAGCAUGCACCCAGUGUAUGUUACCUACAUUUUGUGCUAUAAAUUCCUUUCUCUAUUUAUCCUCUGAAUGAAUGAAUGAGUGAGUCUGUAUCUUGAAUUUCAUGUGGUAGCUAUACAGCAUUUGUCUAUCUACUGUGGUAGUAACAAUGUAGCCAACGUAGCUUUCUUAGUCCAGGCAAACCGAUGUGUACCCUUUUUGUAGUCAUUUGACAGUAUUUGGUGCUAGAAAAGGUUCCUCGUCUCUUCCAGCUACCUGAGGGAAGUUUGUUACAGGGAGAGAGUGCUCUCAGGACUUAGGACUGAACCUUUACUGAGUGAAAAUGGUUGUCUUAAGAGCGACUUGACACUGGUGAGUGUGCUAAUGUGUUGCUAUUCUAAUUGAUGUACAUGUCUGAUUUGCUAGUUCACUUUCAGGUUCGGUAGUCGAUUUCUUAUAUUGUUAAUAGUUUCUUCACCAGUAUAUGUUAUGUGUGUAGUUAGUUUUUCCAAUCCUUGCUUGGUAUAGCCAGAACACAUGGUGUAUGAAGUUGGUUACUCCAGUGUAGAUUUAAAGUUCAGUUGCCUGACUUUUCUUUUAAUUGAAUUGUAUGUGUGAACUUUUCUCGUGUGUAUGUGUUUUAUUUCUACUGAUUUUCAUUUAGUUUCAGUUUUAAGUUUCUGUAGAUUUGUUCAUGCCAUCUGGGGGUUAUUUCACUGUGUGCAUUUCAGAAUCAUCUUGUGUGAGUUGUAUUCUUAAUACCGUCAAAUAGUUCAUUGCUCUUUGUGUCUAUAUGGAUUAAACUUGUGUUCUUGAAGUGUUCAUGAGCCUUACCAAUUUUGCAUCUUUGUUGAAUAGCGAUGGAUUUGAAGAUGUUUCACGUCAUUGUACCUUAUUUUCAUGUCCAAGACGGUGCAGAUAAAACUCUUUGUCAGAAAGUGUUCUUUAGUAUUCGUAUUCACAAUAUUUCAAUCAAAGUGAUAGUGAUGAACCUCUAGCCUUUGACUUAUUGUGAUGGGCAAAAUUCUUUUAUCUCUGUUGAAACUAUCAGUUUUAAAAAAAUGUAAAGAAAUAUGUGACAAUACAUCUCUGACAGUAAUAGAUUUCUGAUUGAGAACCAAAGGAAAUAGAAAUUAUUUACUCUUCCUACAAAUCAUGACGAAAUCAGUUAUCAAGUAUCUGAUUGCGAGUUUUAAAAUAUCCUUUAACAACCCCUAACAACUGUUCUGCAACACUCCUGUACGCAGUGGACAAAUUACCACGUUUUGCUGCUGCAACUGCAUGAUCAGCAACAUGCUAAAAAUAUUUCGAAAGCAAAACUGUGAUCCCUGCAGACUGCAACACAUGCUCAUAAUAACUGUAAUAACUACAGCCACAUUUUUUUCCGCAGAGAAAUUGAAUAAUCAGAAGGGGUUGGGUCAACGAGCCUUACACAGUGUAAAAUAAAUGAAAGUAACCAAUAAAGACUUAAAUUUACUACAUUCGGAAAAUAGAUUAUUUAAACAGUGACAGACUUUACACAAACCUUAAUUAUUACACAAUGUCUAUACUUGAUAAACACAUCUCUGGUCACAACAAACAUACGAAUAUUAUUUUCAAUGUAUGCAUACAAAAAACCUGACAAAAUCCCAUGAGAAACAACUAUGUGCAACAAAAUGGCAUAUUACAAAAAUCUCAUUUUCUCCUCACAUUGAUGGUACUUCAUUUAAGAGGAUAGCAAAAUAUUAUUUACAGUCCUCCAAGAGUGUAAAUAUCUUUCAGUUGUGUAAAUGCAAAUAUUAUGCAGAACUGCAAAUAUUCCAAAGAGUGAGAAAAUCAAUGUACAAGUAUCAGGACUCAAGGAUUCAUUACAUAGAUUAUGUCCACUGACAAGCAUACCAAAACGUUUUAGUGUGUCAUUCCUUUUCAUAUUCAGAUAAAGAUACUGUACAGUAUCAGUAGUAAUAGCAUAAGGCUCAAGUACACCUUGCUAAGAACCAAAGAAUUCAUGAAGAUCACAAAAGCAUUGACUUUGUAUCCCUUUGACAAAACAGGUUUUGAUAUAGAAUAUCAAAUCUCAUAUAUGACACAAUCACUGACACAUAUCAUAGUGAAUAAUUGUAAGCUAUAUACACCUGGAUAUAAAUGUCAACAUGUGAAUAGGCACAUAAGCUCAGUGCUCAUUAAAUGACUCAAAACAUAUAUGAUCACAGAUAAUUACAUAAGUGUGGCUAGUUUCUUGAAGUGAAAUUGUAAUUAUAAGUUUAGGCUAGUCACACAGUGGAAAAAUUGUUAUAUAUAAAUUCAUUUUCUGAAUACCAUAAAAUACAUGUUUUGAUCCAGAAAAUGCAAAUUGUGUGACAUGUAACAGCAUUGAAUGAAGUACGCAUUUGUCCAAAGAUGUUAACAGUGACAUUUUUUUUUUUAAAUUGUUAUA